AAUUAAUAAAUUACAAACCCCUUUUAGAGAGAGAAAGUUUGGGGGACCAACCAACGAAGCACGGAGGAAGGGACGUGCCUGAUACCGUUGGUCUACGGUGGUCGUCAACACUUUAGCGUCUGCUUUUCAUCAUUCCAUGUCCCAUCACUAGCACUACUUUACUAUAAAAUCUACUGCUCUACCCCUAAUUUGGAAUAUGCUUACACAGUUCCGUGUUUUUGGAGUGAAGGAGAAGAUUUGUAUAUUGAAGGGUUGCCAAGGAAGACGUAGAGAUCGUCCAGAAUUCCAGCAUCACACAAAACCCUGUACUGUUUCCAUGGCUGGGAAUGCACCUGCAUCAGUUGCGGCGUUGAAAUGCAGUGCCGGAGUAAAAGAGGAACUAGAGACCCAGGAAUCUAUAUUUGAUCCUCACGGUGUAGACCCGAAUUUAGUACGAAAAAUGGAGUACGAUGCUUUGGUUUGGAGUUCUCUUCAUGGGCUUGUUGUUGGUGAUAGGGCUUCUCAGAUGUCAGGAAGGCUACCCGGUGUGGGCCUGGUUCAUGCGCCUAUCUCCUUGUUGCCUAUGUUGUUUCCUGAAAGUCAUUGGAAACAAGCUUGCGAAGUAGCUCCAAUAUUCAAUGAGCUAGUUGACCGUGUGAGUUUGGAUGCGAAAUUCUUGCAGGAAGCACUCUCCAGAACCAAAAAAGUAGACGUUUUUACAUCUAGACUUCUAGAUAUUCAUGCCAAAAUGAUAGAUAUUGACAAGAAAGAGGAAAUACGCUUAGGAUUACAUCGCUCGGACUAUAUGCUGGAUGAACAAACUAAUUUGCUUCUCCAAAUAGAGUUGAAUACAAUUUCAUCAUCAUUUCCUGGCCUGAGCUGCCUUGUUAGUGAGCUUCACAGGAGCUUGCUUCAUCAGUUCAAGCAACACCUUGGUUUAGAUCCAGAGAGGAUUCCAGAAAACAAUGCUGUUGGUCAUUUUGCUGAAGCACUGUAUAAAGCCUGGGCUGAAUAUAAUAACCCCAGGAGUGUGGUUAUGAUCGUGGUUCAAACUGAAGAACGUAACAUGUAUGAUCAACAUUGGCUUUUUACAGUAUUGAAAGAAAGAUAUCAAGUUAGAAGUAUUAGGAAGACCCUGGCAGAGAUUGAUGCACAAGGGGAGCUUCUGCCUGAUGGGACACUUGUUGUGGACGGUGAAGCGGUUGCUGUGGUUUACUUUAGAGCUGGCUAUGCACCAACUGAUUAUCCUUCAGAAUCAGAAUGGAGUGCUAGGCUACUCAUUGAGCAAUCAUGUGCAAUCAAAUGCCCUUCAAUUGCAUAUCAUUUAGCUGGCACCAAGAAGAUUCAACAAGAGCUGGCGAAACCCAAUCAACUUGAAAGGUUUCUUGAAAGCAAAGAUGACAUUGCUAAAGUACGGAAAUGCUUUGCUGGGUUGUGGAGUUUGGACGACUCGAGCAUUGUGAAGGAUGCAAUCCAGAGGCCCGGAUUGUAUGUCAUGAAGCCACAAAGAGAAGGAGGAGGGAACAAUAUUUAUGGCGAUGAUGUGAGGCUUGCCUUGCAACGAUUGGAGAAGGAAGGCAUGGAGGAAGAUGCAGCCUACAUUCUUAUGCAGAGAAUUUUUCCAACCAUUUCACCUGCAAUUCUGAUACGAGAAGGAGUUUCUCAUAAAGAUCACGUUAUUUCAGAACUUGGCGUUUAUGCCGCAUAUUUAAGGAACAAAGCAAAUGUGAUCAUUAAUGGUCAGUCUGGUUACUUAAUGCGGACGAAGGUCUCUUCCUCAAACGAGGGUGGGGUUGCAGCAGGAUUUGCUGUUCUGGAUAGCAUAUAUCUGGUAUGACUGCUAUACUUUGGCGUGUUGAAUUGGCGAUCCUUUCAACCUGUUCAAUACAGAGGAACAAAUAUGUAAAAGAUUUUGGCAUUACUUGGCAUCGAAGAACAAGGGAAACGGGAACACUAACUAGAAGGGGGAAACUAUACAUCUGUACAUCAUUUCUUCCAACGUUCUUGACUGUGUUUGGAAGUCCACUUCGAUACAUUGUUUUGCAUUGUGUGCUUCAUCUAUCUGUCCCCAUCUCCCUCUCUCCCGUCCCAGAAGACAUUUUAUAUGAGAUCCAUUUGUCUAUGUUUAUGAGGCUGUUUUCUUCUACAGCGUUGUCCCUUUUACUACUUACUAUUGUCACAUUUUCUUGAACGAAAUUGUGGGU